GCAAGUUCCAUUCUGCAGCUUUCACCUUCAGAUUUAGCCACAGUUUCAUUCACCUUAAGAUCAGGAUACAAAUUCUAUCCAUCUAGCUCAACUGAAGAACAGGUUGAGAAAGAGCUAACCGCGACAGAAGAGGGGCAUGGCGCUGAGGAGGAUCGUGAAGGAGCUGAGGGACCUGCAGAGGGACCCACCAACCUCCUGCAGCGCAGGGCCCGUGUCAUCGGGCGACAUGUUCCACUGGCAGGCGACGAUCAUCGGGCCGGGGGACAGCCCCUACUCCGGCGGCGUGUUCGUGGUGAGCAUCCACUUCCCGCCGGACUACCCGUUCAAGCCGCCCAAGGUGGCGUUCAAGACCAAGGUGUUCCACCCCAACAUCAACAGCAACGGCAACAUCUGCCUGGACAUCCUCAAGGACCAGUGGAGCCCCGCCCUCACCAUCGCCAAGGUGCUGCUCUCCAUCUGCUCGCUGCUCACGGACCCCAACCCGGACGACCCGCUGGUGCCGGAGAUCGCGCACAUGUGCAAGGCCGACAAGGUCAGGUACGAGUCCACUGCCAGGGGGUGGACGCACAAGUACGCCAUGGGAUAGAUACAUGCGUCAUACAGAGCUCCAGCUCAAGCUCGAAACAGAUGGUUCUUACUUAUCACGGAAAAGAUAGAUCCAUGACUAUAGAUGAUGAUGACCAUGAACUAAUGGUGAUCCAGUUUGAAAAAUGAACUAAUGGUGAUAUAAUAAUCAGCCUUAAUUACCUUCGAAUAUGUAUCGAUUUUUGAAAGUUAUCACGGGCAGCAAUCGCCGGUCCUUUCGUGCGGUUCUGAAUGGAGCAGAUAAAGUUUCAA